AUGGAUAUCGACCAUUUCGCCAAUUUGCCUAUGUGGUUGGUGCUUGAAAUAUGCCGAGCUCUUCCUUCGGGAAGCAUAGUUGUGAAGCAGCAUACACUAGGAGGACCUCAUGGAAGCCCUCUAGCCAUUCUUCGGCGAAACCAAGAGUGGGAGGCCAUUAGCGACUGGCCAACUCAGCAGGUCUCCAGCCUUGAGCAGCCAUUUUUGGUCUGGUAUAGACAUCUGAAGGUCACACCUGAGAUCUCCGAGAAGGACAAAGGCCCGGUGUUGAAUUUGUGGACAGAGCAACGCCUCUAUUUCCCAAGGGACUACAUGGUCAUUCUUCGAGCGAGGUCGCGCGAAGUUCACCUCUCAGUCUGCUGUCACCAGCGUGGUACUGGUGAGAACAUUGCUGAUUUGUUGGAAAGGCUGAGCAUCUAA